AUGGAGGUGCUCGGCAAAAAGAUGAGUGAGGACUCGUUAGAGUUGAAAUCGACCGAUCGAGAACAGCACCUGGCUGAUAUUUUAACUCAGCAGACUGGUGCCUACAGUACCAUUGAUGAAGGGAUGGUGCACGACACAGUGGAGACGAUAAACACCACGUCCCCAACGGUCACUGAGCUUGAUGCAUCACGUGAAUAUGUGAUUCAGGAUCAUCCAAUAUCGUCGGCUUGCAUCCCUACCGAGACGUCUCUGAAACUGUGGCGUCAACUAGCCGAUCUGAAACUUCACGAAGUCGGUCACAAUUCAGUCCGGCUUUGGACUGACAUGAACUUCCCAAAAGCCCAUCGGACCAUUCAGCAGCGACUGUGA